GAAUGUUAAUGACGUCAUUCGGAAAUCUCCCGACACGGUCAUCGAAGCAUGAAUGUUUGACAAUACAGCUGGGUGUGUCAAACAAGAACAGUGUCACCUGUGCGAUUUUGGAUUAUAUUCUUCAUUUAAAAAAAUGCGAUAUUAAUUUUAUUACACAGAUUGGAAUAAAUUCAUACUGACACAAACAUAAGAGACCAGCAGACAUGGUGAUUUUAGGAAAGGGUGACCAUGUAUGGCUGGAGCCCAAGGUCAAGGGUGAGUUUUCAGUGUCAAUUGGAGCGAUCGUCCAGGCGUCAGACCAUGGCCGCAUUCGGGUUGUUGACGACAAUGGCAAAGAGCACUGGAUUGACUCAACAAUGCAGAUUCGGCACAUGAACGCGACGUCUGUCAACCACAUAGAGGACAUGAUUCUGCUAGGUGACCUCAACGAAGCUGGAAUUCUGAGAAACCUUUUCCUGAGAUACUCGGAGAACAAGAUCUAUACCUACACAGGCUCCAUUCUGGUGGCGGUCAAUCCGUACCAGAUCCUGCCAAUCUACACGCCGGAGUACAUCAACGAUUAUCGGGACAAGAAGAUCGGUGAAAUGCCUCCCCAUAUCUUCGCCAUUGCUGACAACUCUUAUCACAACAUGCAGAGAUACAAACACGAUCAAUGUGUCAUCAUCAGCGGUGAGUCCGGGGCUGGUAAGACCGAGAGUACCAAGCUGAUUCUGCAGUUCCUGGCCGCUAUCAGUGGUCAACACUCCUGGAUCGAACAACAGAUCCUUGAGGCGAACCCCAUUUUGGAAGCCUUUGGGAACGCAAAGACGAUACGCAAUGACAACUCGAGCCGCUUUGGCAAGUACAUCGACAUCCACUUUAACCAGCGCGGCUCCAUAGAGGGCGCCCAGAUCCUCCAGUACCUGCUGGAGAAGUCGCGCAUCGUACACCAGGCCCAUGACGAACGCAACUACCACAUCUUCUACUGCAUGCUCGCCGGGAUGACCAACGAGGAGAAACAGAAACUGCAUGUCAAGACCGCCACUGACUACUGGUACCUGACCCAGGGUGGCAACACAACAUGCGAGGGUCGUGACGAUGCGGUGGAGUUUGCAGACAUCCGUUCUGCCAUGAAGGUGCUCAUGUUCGGUGACAAGGAGGUGUGGGAGCUGCUCAAGAUACUGGCCGCACUGCUUCACCUGGGAAAUCUCAAGUACAAUGCCAUUGAGAUGGACAACACAGACGAUGCCAGUGAAAUUAGGGACAUCUCUCACAUAGACAAGAUCUGUUCUCUCCUGGAGUUCAACAGACAAGACCUCAUAGAUGCUCUGACAACAAAAACCAUCGUAACGAGGGGUGAAAGUGUGACUAGCGCGAUGGGUAUAACCCAGUCCAUGGAUGUGCGUGAUGCGUUUGUGAAGGGGAUCUACGGUAGAAUGUUCAUCUGGAUCGUUGAGAAGAUCAAUACUGCCAUCUUUAAGCCUAAGACGGACCCGAAACAUUACCGAAGCUCUAUCGGAGUUCUGGACAUUUUUGGCUUUGAAAGUUUUGAUGUGAACAGCUUUGAGCAGCUGUGCAUCAACUACGCCAACGAGAACCUGCAGCAGUUCUUUGUGCAGCACAUCUUCAAGCUGGAACAGGAGGAGUAUGACAACGAGGGCAUCAACUGGCAGCACAUAGAGUUCGUGGACAACCAGGAGGCACUCGAUCUCAUUGGGCUCAAACCUAUGAACAUCAUCUCGCUGGUCGACGAGGAGAGCAAGUUUCCAAAGGGUACAGACCAGACCAUGUUGAACAAGCUACAUCAGACCCAUGAGAACAACAAGAACUACCUGCGACCGAAGGCUGACAUCAACCGGGUGUUCGGCAUCAACCACUUUGCAGGAGUCGUCUUCUAUGACAGCAAAGGGUUCCUCGAGAAGAACAGAGACACUUUCUCUGGUGACCUUCUACAGGUCAUACAGAACUCAGGGAACAAGUUCGUGGUCACUAUAUUCAAACAGGAUAUCCUUAUGGGUCAGGACACCAGAAAGAAGCCCCCGACUCUUGGUGCUCAGUUCAAGAGGUCGCUGGAGGCCCUAAUGAAGACCCUGAAUGCCUGUCAGCCAUUCUUUGUUAGGUGCAUCAAACCCAAUGAGUUCAAGAGAGCUCAGGACUUUGAUAGGGAGCUAUGCUGCAAGCAGCUCCGUUACUCGGGCAUGAUGGAGACCAUCCGUAUCCGACGCGCAGGCUACCCGAUCCGGCACUCGUUCUACGACUUUGUGGACCGGUACCGGAUCCUGGCGGAGGGAAUCGGGCCCGCACACAGGGAGGAGUGCCGGGCGGCAUCCAUGAAGAUCUGCCAGAAGGUGCUGCAUGGCAUGGACUUCCAGCUGGGGAGAUCUAAAGUGUUCUUGAAGGACGCCCAAGAUGCUUUCUUGGAACAGAGGCGAGAGAUUGCACUCACUGAGAAGAUAUCGGUCAUACAGAAGUGCGUACGCAUGUGGGCGGUGCGGAAACGUUUCCUCAAGAUGCGUGGCAGCUGCACAAUUAUCCAGUCAAGAUGGCGCGGAUACGCCGCUAGGAAGAGAUUCUUGGCUAUGCGUCAAGGCUACAUGCGUCUGCAGGCCCUAGCGAAGUCCAGAAAACUCACUGCGCGAUUCAAUGCCCAGCGAAGCCUGGUUAUCAAUGUACAGCGCUACUGUCGAGGGUUCCUCAUACGUCGGUGGGCUCAGCAACGCAUGGUGGCAAUCAUCAAAGUCCAGGCUCACAUCCGCUCGGCCAUUCAACGGAUGAGGUUCCGUAGGCUGAGAAUAGAGUAUGAGAAGCGCAUGGAGGCUGAGCAGAUGAAGAUGGAGGAGGAGAACAGGCUGAAGAAGAAGAUGAAUGAGAAGAAGGCGAAACAGGAGGCAGAGAGACUGCACCAGGAGCGUAUUGCGAACAUCACGCGGGAGGCCGAGGAGAUUGAAAGACAGCAACGGGAGGCCACAAAGAUGAAGGUGGAGCAGAUAAAUUUAGCUGAAAAAGAGAGGAACAAACCCAAGAGUGACUCACAAGUGGUUGACGAGAUGUUUGGGUUCAUCGAUACCGGCAACGGCAUGGAAGGCUCCGGACCGUUGGCAUUCGCGGAUCUGGAGGAAAAGCGUCGAAGAGCAAUUUCCGACAUGGACUAUGACAUUAGUGAAGGGAACAUGCCUUUCGUACAACCAGACGAAGAAGACCUUUCUGAAUACAAGUUCGCCAAGUUUUCCGCGACGUUCUUCCAAGCCAACGCGACGCACACCUACAUUCGGCGACCAAUCAGAACGUCGCUGCUGCAGUUGAAGUCAGAGAGCGAUCACAUGGCCGCACUUGCCGUCUGGAUUACAAUCCUGCGAUUCAUGGGAGAUCUCCCCGAACCGAAAGUGUACACUGGAGUACAGGACACUAGGGACACAACUCCAGUGAUGACAAAGAUCUACUCAACGCUGGGCCGCAAGUUCAACAAGAAAGACCUGGAGGAGGCCCAGAGGAUGAACAUGGAGCUGGAGAACGAGCCUGCGGCCAUGAUGCGGGUCAGCGGGAAACGCAGCAUACGCAAAAAGAUGGUGUCUUUGACCUUGAAGAAGAAGUCGAAGAUCACAGAAGAGUUCAAAAGUCACCUAGGUGACUCUGAGUACUACUCGCCUACCGGGCAGAACGCUCUGCUGGAGGAGAAACCCACCACGAACCUCGAGAAACUGCAUUUCAUUAUAGGCCAUGGAAUUCUGAGGCCUGAUUUGAGAGAUGAGAUCUACUGCCAGAUUGCCAAGCAGUUGACCCAGAACCCGUCUCGAUCCUCCCACGCCCGCGGCUGGAUCCUCCUCUCCCUCUGUGUUGGAUGCUUCGCACCUUCGGACAGGUUCAUCAAGUAUCUACGUAACUUCAUCAGUGAAGGUCCACCUGGCUACGCUCCGUACUGCGAAGAACGCCUGAGACGAACCUUUGCAAAUGGCACACGCAACCAGCCACCAUCUUGGCUAGAGCUUCAGGCCACGAAAUCCAAGCGCCCACUGAUGUUGCCCAUCACGUUCAUGGACGGGAACACUAAGACGCUUCUUGCCGACUCUGCCACUACCGCCAGAGAGCUCUGCCAACAGCUUGGCGAGAAGAUUGUGCUCAGUGAUCAGUUUGGAUUCUCACUCUACAUUGCUCUCUUCGACAAGGUGUCCUCCCUUGGAAGCGGUGGAGACCACGUGAUGGACGCAAUCUCCCAGUGCGAGCAGUAUGCCAAGGAGCAGGGCGCCCAGGAGAGAAACGCCCCCUGGCGGCUCUUCUUCAGGAAGGAGAUCUUUGCACCCUGGCACGACCCCAGCGAAGACGCCACGGCAACCAACCUGAUCUACCAGCAGGUUGUCAGGGGAAUCAAGUUUGGGGAAUACCGCUGUGACAAGGAGGAUGACCUGGCUAUGAUCGCUGCCCAGCAGCACUACAUCGAGUACGGCUCCAACAUCGGUGUGGAGCGUCUACAGAGCCUCCUGCCUACCUACAUACCAGACAGCAUGCUUGCCAAACCCAACGCCAUCUCCUUCUGGAUCCAGCAGGUAAACCAGAAGAUCAAGGGCCCUUACUUUGCCGGCGAUAAGAUCCAGGCGAUGAAGGUGAAGGAGGACAUUGUAAGCUACGCAAAGUACAAGUGGCCGCUGCUGUUCUCGCGAUUCUAUGAGGCGUACAAAUUUGCUGGACCGAGUCUGCCAAAAAACGAUGUAAUUAUCGCAGUAAACUGGACCGGCGUGUAUGUUGUGGAUGAUCAGGAGCAAGUUCUGCUGGAGUUGUCUUUCCCCGAGAUCACGGCUGUCUCUAGUAGCAGGACUGGUAAAAUGCAUGGACAGAGUUUCACCCUUGCGACAGUGAAGGGUGACGAGUACACAUUCACGUCUCCAAACGCAGAGGACAUUCGUGACCUUGUGGUGACCUUCCUGGAGGGGCUCAAGAAGCGCUCCAAAUACGUGAUCGCUCUGCAAGACUACAGUGGACCAGGUGAUGGUUCCUCGUUCCUCAGUUUCCAGAAGGGAGACCUGAUCACGCUUGUCCAGCAGAACGGUGAGACGGUGAUGAACUCGGGCUGGUGUGUGGGUGAGUGCAUGCGUACCUUGAAACGUGGAGACUUCCCGGCGGAGUGCGUGUACGUUCUGCCUACCAUUACCAAGCCACCGCCAGAAAUACUGAACCUGUUUAUACAAUCUACUGACCCCAACAUGCUGUCCCAGACGGUGGGGGAGGUGGUACCAGAGCCUGGGGAGAAACCAUAUACCCUGGAGGAGUACAGUCUGGACCACUUCAGACCGCCCCCUAAGCGGACCCUUACAAAGACCCUAUCGACGGCCCGCAAGCGCAACCCGGACCAGCUGUGGCGCUACUCCAAGGACCCCCUAAAACAGCCCUUGCUCAAGAAGCUGAUUGGUCGAGAGGAAGUCAGCCAGGAGGCCUGCCUGUGCUUCCUAGCGAUCCUGAAGUACAUGGGAGACCACCCUUCCAAACGUGCUGCUGGACGAAUAGCCAACGAGCUGACAGACCAGAUAUUUGAACCACCACUUAGAACCGAACUGCUUAGAGAUGAAAUCUUCUGUCAGAUCAUCAAGCAGCUUACUGACAACAGGAACAGGUUAAGUGAGGAGCGCGGCUGGGAGUUGAUGUGGCUGGUGACAGGAUGUUUCGCUCCCUCCACCAACCUCCUCAAGGAGGUCAUGCACUUCCUGGGCUCAAGACGGAACCAGAUCGCUCAUGACUGCGUACAGCGUCUACAGAAAACACUCAGGAAUGGUACACGAAAGUAUCCGCCACACCAGGUUGAAGUAGAGGCUAUUCAGCACAAGACAACACAGAUCCUGCACAAAGUCUACUUUCCUGAUGAUUCAGAUGAGGCCUUUGAGGUGGAGUCCAGUACACGUGCUAAGGACUUCUGUUUGAAUAUCGCAAACAAGCUUGGGUUGAAAUCACAUGAAGGCUUCAGCCUCUUUGUGAAAAUUUCUGACAAAGUGAUCAGCGUCCCGGAGGGAGAUUUCUUCUUUGACUUUGUGCGUCACCUGAUUGACUGGAUCAGGAAAGCCAGGGCUACCAGGGAUGGCCCCACUCCCCAGUUCACAUACCAAGUGUUCUUCAUGAAGAAGCUGUGGACCAACCUGAUCCCCGGCAAGGACAUGAACGCCGACCUGAUCUUCCACUACCACCAGGAGCUGCCUAAGCUUCUCCGUGGCUACCACAAGUGCAGUCGUGAAGAGGCAGUGCGGUUGGCCGCCCUGAUUUACCGCGUGAAGUUCGGCGAGGACAAAACUGGCCUCGUGAAUCUAGUGAAGAUGUUGAGAGAGUUGAUUCCCGCAGAUCUUACCAAGGCUCAGUCACCUGACGACUGGAAGAGGGGCAUAUUAAGCCAGUACAACGCUGAUGCAGGCAUGACUCAAGACAACGCCAAAAUUGAAUUCCUUAAAGUGAUCUACUUGUGGCCAACAUUUGGCUCGGCCUUCUUUGAAGUGAAGCAAACGACAGAUUCCAGUUACCCAGAAAUCCUCCUGAUCGCCAUCAACAAGAACGGGGUCAACUUGAUCCACCCCCAGACAAAGGACAUAUUGGCCACUCAUCCAUUCACAAAGAUCUCCAACUGGAGCAGUGGUAACACGUAUUUCCACAUGACCAUCGGUAACCUGCUCCGUGGCAGCAAACUGCUCUGUGAAACAUCCCUGGUGAGCAAUCAGUUAAUGGACCCAUUUUAAUUGAGCCUUGCUCUGGGAAAACGGGACUUAAUGCAUGUU